CAUCCACACAAUUCCUCCAAUCAUCAAGAUUUCCACAAAAGAAAAAAUGGCAUCGACCAUCCCAUGGACAAAACUCAAGGCUCUAUCCUUCGACAUCUACGGAACACUAGUCGACUGGGAGAAGGGAAUAGCUCAAUCCGCGCGAGCAACAGCCCUCGGACCCUACCUUCCACAAGAUCACAAAGAACUCAUGCUCAGCAUCGAGAGGCACGACACAACUGUUCAACGAGAGUAUCCCACUGUGCGACAAUCCGAAAUCAUUGCCGAAGGACUUCGAAGAUACGCCAAGGAGCUCAAAGUUGUAGAGAACGGCAACUUGACGCAGGAACAAGUGAAUCAAGCCGCCACGGACUAUGGAAGCAAAAUCGGAUCGUACCCGGCUUUUCCCGACACCGUCAAGGCCAUACAGUCGCUGGGGAAACGAUACAAGCUCGUACCACUCUCGAAUGUCGACAUUGCAUCCUUCAAUCAGACGCUAGAGGGGCCGUUGAAAGGAUGCCAUUUUGACAAGAUCUACACCGCUCAAGAUAUUGGGUCUUACAAGCCUGAUCUUCGCAAUUUUCAUUAUUUGCUUGAGCACAUCCGCAGCGACUUCGGUGUAGAGAAAGACGAGCUUUGUCACGUAGCACAGUCCUUGUUUCAUGACCAUCAGCCGGCAAAAGAGGUCGAGUUGCAGAGUGUAUGGGUCGACCGAGCGGGUUUUAUGGGUGGCAACCCAGAAGGUGCGCAGGAGAAGUUUGGGUUUCAAUUGAGGGUUGAGACGUUGCAGGAAUUGGCGGACAUUGUCGAGGAAGCAUGGGAGAAUGCAUGAUGAGAUCGGGGUACAGGCCCUUCCAGGAAUUUGGUACGGGCAAAAGGGUAAUGGAAAUCUGAGACGGAGGUCAUCCAGUGGGACUGAACGCUUCGUGGUGUUGCCGAAAGGCUUCUGCAAAGUACAAAAGUAAGAUUCCACGAUCUGGUGGUAUAUCCCCCG